CAGACUGGGGAGGUGGUGUUCAUCGUCACUUCGCUUAUCAUUGUGUAUGUAAGGUUCUAGCUUUCGUGGCCCCCUUAAGCUAACCAACUGGAUUUGGAAUUCUUGUUUGCAAAUGAAUCUGGAGAAAAAGGGGGCUGUACCAUUCAGGUGGACCAGGAUGCCAUUUCUUCCUCCUUGUCUCCCUUUAAAAAUGGCUCUGUUUUUAUUCUACAUUUGUUCUCUCUCCCUCCUUUCUUCCCUCUCUCUCUCCCUCCCUCAGGUGUGACCAUUGCAUUUCCCUCAUCCUUCCUCUCUCUCAGUCCGCCAUGCCCGGAGCGCUCCUGCUGCUGUCUGCUGCCCUGGUGCUCCUCGGGCCUGUGCAUGGAGCCACCCUGAGGAGCAAGGAGACAUGGAAGCCACUCAGCAAUCCCCAGAACCGGGACCUGUUUUUCAGAACCCUUCAGGCGUAUUUUAAGGGAAGAGGUCUUGACCUUGAAAGGUUUCCAAAUACUUUCUCCACGAACGAGAACCCCAGACCCCUCUCUCUGCAGUCGGAGCUCAUGGCCUCCGCCUUCGCAGAGUACAAAGAGCAGAGAGACUCCCUUCCCGGCAACCUCAAAGGCUGAUGGCUUCUCCUGAGAACAGGUACCUGGCUAUUUUUAAACUACAGAUGAAGCACUCAUCAGAAAAAGUCAAUCGUGGUCAUUGUUAACCCCCCUCCCACUUUUGUCAGUUUUAAUGGUUUUAGUCUAUAUUUCCAGAUGUACAUAUAAGCAGCUUGAUCUUUGGCACCUGUAUGCAUACUUUUUGCUGUUUUUCCCACUUUAUCACCAUAAAUGUCAGUGUAGAGCACUGCAUAUAACGGCAAGUUACCAAGACUCCAUAGAGUUGAGAGAAAUAACUAAAUGAAGUUUCCUCUCAGCUUGUCUGAUAUGUGUCUAUUGGUUUUAACAAUCAGGACUUUCAUUUGAAAGGGAUGUUGCUCAUUUUUCUGGAGUUCAUUCUAUGUCCUAGGGGUUUGGGUUUAAAAUUGGGCUCUUUCUGGGAGGAGGAC